AUGACUUAUAUUUGCUUUAACACAUUGCUUCAUCCUUCCUAUUUCUAUAAGCUUCUUCAGAUUAUUGGCGAUUCAAUUUAUAAUCUUACGAGGUUAGGAGAAGGUGAAACUGAUAAGAAUGAUCGUCCAUUGGAUCCACCCCCAAAGAUAUUAUCAGUUGAGGAACUUUCAACAAGUGACACCGACAAUAAAGAUACGAAGAAAAAAGCUAUUAAAAAGUUGAAUUUACUUUCAUUUGGAGAAGAAGCCGAAGAAAAGGAGAAGGAAUUAGCAGCUGUAAAGAAAAAAAUCAAGAGCAGUCAUGAUGUACUUGAUGAUCCUCGUCUUCUGAAUGAUGCUAUUCCAAAUGAUGAAUUGUUUUUCUUAUCUGCUUUUAUUUCCAUUGUGAAGGUUGUUGAUUGCCGAAUUUGUGGUGAUCCAAACUCAGUACUUCGUUUUGUCUUCAUUGAGUUCACUGAUGAAGAAGGUGCAAGGGCUGCUUUGAGUCUCGCAGGGACAAUGCUUGGAUUUUACCUUGUUAGAGUACUGCCCUCUAAGACAGCUAUUGCACCAGUUAAUCCAACAUUUUUGCCAAGGACUAACGAUGAACGCGAGAUGUGUGCAAGAACCAUUUAUUGUACAAAUGUUGACAAAAAGGUUGCUCAAGCUGAUGUUAAACUCUUUUUUGAAUCAGUCUGUGGAGAGGUUUAUCGCCUAAGGCUACUUGGGGACUAUCAUCAUUCUACUCGUAUUGCCUUUGUUGAGUUUGUAAUGGUAUCUAUCUGUUUCAAUAUUCCUACAUUCAAUAUUCUGUGUUUGUGUAUUAUAUGCUUUCUUUUCCACCAUUUUUAACUGUUAUAUUUAAUGUAGAAAUUAGGGAAGGUCUAUUGUGACCAGUGAG